AUGCUAGAAGUCUACUAUACCUCUUUCUCUCUCUCUUUUUUCGGCUUGACUAAUUUCUUUUUUUCCCACCGGUGUCUCAGGUGGGGAAAUGCUUCCGCGGGCCAGGUCCGAAUUAGCGAGUGCUGGGGAGCUGAAACUGGGGCUAGAGAAAAACGGUUGCAAAAUUUAGCGGCAGACUGCCGGCAUUUCUUAAUUCCACUAGCGUUCUGUAGUAGUCGAUUUGUGAUAUUUACGAGUCUGGUAGACUUUAAUAUGGUCAAUGGUCGAUGGUUGAUGUUGGAAGACCGAUGGAUGGUGGAAUAUUCCAUAAGCCUAUUAGAGUGGUAUGCCUACUUCUACUACGGUUGCUACAUACAGCUGUUGGGCACUGUUAGUGAGCACUAA